AGGAGCGCGAGCUUCCCCUUGUUGUCUUCCUGCUUCUCUUCCUCCUCCUCCUCCUCCCCCGCCUUCCCUUGCGCGAACCAGGGCGCGAACGUGUCUCAAAGCGGGAGGAAGAAAGUUACGGGGGGGGGGAGGUAGGGGGCGGGACUCGCGAGGUGGGCGGGGGAAGGAAGGAGUGAGCCUACUUGCCUGGGGCACCGUCUUGGCUGGACUGACGGAGUCGCGGCCGGGAUGGGCAGGAGCGGCUGUCGUGGCAGCUGCGUCGGACCGGAGACUCUUAAAGAAAUUUACAUGGUGGAAUUAUUUUUGCAAACUACAUGAAGAAAUGUUUUUAUUUUCAAAACUGAUAUGGACAAUGUUAGCACAAGAGAGUGACUAAUAUUCACCAAGAACGUCUGUUUUUGCAAUGUAUCAGCUAUCUUAUUUAAAAAUACUCUCCAAAGAAUGAUUUGCACUAAAUGGAAAGAAAAGUGAAAUGCUUUGAAGACUGUCAGCAAGAAUUUUGGUUCCUGAAAUAUAUUUUAAUUUAAUCAAAGAUUUAAAAAACCGAAAAGCAAUUCUCAAACUGGAAGCAGAAUUGACAUACUGGGAUCUGAAGAGCUGCAACACUGUCUGAACAGAAUGCCCUGAUUUUAAGGCAGUUGUCAGAAGCUUUUAUUUGCCUUGCUCUGCUCAGAAUCCUUAAUCUUUAUAACUAUAUACUCUUUUUUUCUAAAUAAUGGCGUGGGUAAAGUUCUUGAGAAAACCUGGAGGAAAUCUUGGAAAAGUCUAUCAGCCUGGAAGCGUGAUGUCUUUGGCUCCUACCAAAGGCUUGUUAAAUGAACCAGGACAAAAUAGUUGCUUUCUUAACAGUGCUGUUCAGGUUUUGUGGCAACUUGACAUAUUCCGACGAAGCUUGAGAGGUCUCACUGGACAUGUUUGUCAGGGAGAUGCCUGUAUAUUUUGUGCUUUAAAGGCAAUAUUUGCACAGUUCCAGCACAGCAGAGAAAAAGCUCUGCCAUCAAAUAAUAUGAGGCAUGCCUUGGCUGAAAGUUUUAAAGACGAGCAGCGUUUUCAACUUGGGCUCAUGGAUGAUGCAGCAGAAUGUUUUGAAAAUAUACUUGAGAGGAUUCACUAUCAUAUAGUGCCAAGCAGUGAAACAGAUAUGUGCACUUCUAAAUCCUGCAUUACCCAUCAGAAGUUUGCUAUGACGCUAUAUGAACAGUGUGUGUGUCGUAGUUGUGGGGCAUCUUCGGAUCCUUUGCCUUUCACAGAAUUUGUGCGUUAUAUUUCAACAACAGCUCUGUGCAAUGAAGUUGACAGGAUGUUGGAAAGACAUGAGCGACUCAAGCCUGAAAUGUUUGCAGAAUUGCUUCAGACUGCAAAUACUACAGAUGACUUCAGAAACUGUCCUAGUAACUGUGGCCAAAAAAUAAAAAUACGUCGUGUUCUAAUGAACUGUCCAGAAAUUGUCACAAUUGGUUUAGUUUGGGAUUCAGAACAUUCUGACCUAACAGAAGAUGUCAUCCGUAAUCUGGCAACACAGCUGUAUCUUCCAGGGUUAUUCUAUAGAGUUACUGAUGAACAUGCCAAAAAUAGUGAGCUUUUUCUUGUGGGGAUGAUUUGCUAUGCAAGCAAACAUUACUGUGCCUUUGCUUUUCAUACUAAGAGUUGCAAAUGGGUGCUUUUUGAUGAUGCUAAUGUGAAAGAGGUUGGAACAAAAUGGAAAGAUGUGGUGUCCAAAUGUAUUCGGUGUCAUUUUCAACCAUUGCUGCUAUUUUAUGCGAAUCCAGAUGGUACCCCUGUGUCAACAGAAGAUGCACCCAAGCAGAUAAUUCACUGGUCACACCACAAAGCAGGAAAUGGAGAAGAACUUGGUUUUGAAAAAUCAGCUUUUCCUAUGUCAAAUCACAUAAAAGAGAAUGGAUUUGGAGAAUCUGUUACUCAGAGAAGCAACAAAAAAUAUCAACCGGAAAACCCACCAUUCAGCAGGAACCACAUUCAAUCAAGUUUUGGUAAUAGGCCAGGCAAGUUGGGACAUAAUGAGCACAAGGAAAAAGCCAAGGACAUUUCUAGAGAGUGUGCUCAAAAGGUAGCUGAGAUGAAAAAUUUCUCAUCCUUCCUAAGGAAAGAUGCAGACAGACCACCAAAAAAAGAGGCUGGGAAACAGAGAGAGCUGCCUGGAGAAACUCACAGUAAUUUUAAGCCUGGAUCCCCACCUUCUGGGAAUGGAUUUAGGUCACGUUCUGAUGAACGCGUCCGUAAUAGCCAGGGAAGAGGACCUUACAGACAUGACAAGAUACACAAUCAGAUAAGGCCUGGUAUUCAGGCACUGGGGUCAAAUAAAACCAACGGCUUUCCUGAUGGGGAGGUGAGUCGUGCGAAGGCUGAAAGCACUGCUGGUUAUGACACUGAUAGUAGCCAAGACUCCAAAGACAAAGCAAGUGUCAUUAGCAGUAAAAGUCGAAGCAGAGGUUGGAAGCCCAUGCGGGAAACCCUCAACGUAGACAGUAUUUUUAACGACACCGAGAAAAAGGAGCAUAGUUCAAAGCCCAAACCAAAUGCAAGCAGCAAAUCCAAGCAUGAAAAGGAGCAGAGUUCAAACAAUUGGCCAAAAGAAAAUGCAAGUCAAAAAGGCUUAAUGACAAUUUAUGAAGAUGAAAUAAAACAGACUGGCAGCCGAAAUUCCUUGGAUUUAGAAGGCAAAGGAAAUGCAGAAAAGGGCAAAGGCAUUGCUGAGAGAAAAAUUAACGCUGACGGUUGGCAGAUACAGAGGACUGAGUCUGGUUAUGAAAGCAGUGAUCAUAUCAGCAAUGCAUCUGCUAAUCUGGAUUCACCUGUCAUUGACGGCACCAGCCCUGUAGACACCACAAGUAUGAAAGAAACUGUUCCUUGCAGUGGCCAGAAUCUAUCUGCCAGAUAUCCUGGAUAUGUCUUGCAAUCUACCUCUCAGCAGGAUAAAAACUCUUCGGAUGCCUUGAAGAAAGACCAGAUUAAUACCCAGUCUAACUACAGAUCUCAUAAUCCCCAAUCAACAUCCCAUGCGCAGAUGCACCAUCCACCAUUGAAAAGGAUUGAUGUGCCUGACUGUAAUAAGAAGUUUCCCCCUUCGUUAACACUACAGGCCCCAUCAAGAGACUACACUGAGAGAGAGACAAAGAACUGUGCUUUAAGUGAGCAAAGCUCACAGUUGCCUAAUGAAGAAAGUAAUGUAUACACAACAGCUGACAGUUCAGCUUGCUCUUCUAAUGGUGAUAACUUAGUAAUGUCUGAAAAGGUUCAGAGCUUCAGUCUCUCUUCCCACUUGCCUCCUACGAAGACAGGUAGAUCCAGACCGGCACUUGCAUUUUUCUUGCAACAGAAUAUAUCAAAACCUUCCUAUACUGAAUCAGUUCCACCUACUGAACAUAAAAUACAUUCGUAUAGUGGCAAGGCUGAUGAAACACCAGAAGCAAUUUACCAAAAUCUUCCUCCUCCUUUACCUCCAAAGAAAUAUGCUCUGACCAGUUUCAAUGAAUUAGAACAUGAAUCCAUUGUGGAAUUAAUGCCAACAGAAACACUGCACGCUAAUCCUUCAAGUGUUGAGAGACAUGCUGUAAAUAUUCCUUCCAAAACUGCACCUGAAACAGGUCCAUUUACAGAUGAAGAAAGUCUUAAAGCAACAAUUCAAGGAACUGAGUCCUCCAAGUCAAACUUUCCAUCAAGCUUAUCAGUAAAUGAUUUGUGGACUGUAUCCAGUAAUCCUACAAAUAAGGGGGUGUGCCACAAAGGACUAAGUACUGGUUCCCUGGACGCAAAUGCAAAUGACAUUAUAUCACUAACUACUUAUUUUUCAGUUGACAACUGUAUGACUGACACAUACAGGAUGAAAUACCACCAGAGACCCAAACUAUAUUUUGCAGACACUGGUGUAUUGAACAAAGAAACAUCUCUACCAUCAACUGGAAUGCCACUGAACACCGCAUACUAUAACACUUCUGAUUCAGAUUAUCCCACAGCUGAACAGAGACACAAACCUAGCAUUGAGAAUGUGCACUGCAAUAGGUAGAGGCUGCCAUAAAUGAGCAUAACUCCUUGGCAUUCUUAACAUGGUGCAAUGUUUAGGGUUUCCUUACUUUACUUAUACUUCAUUAAGAAGUUACUGCUGUUUCCCAAGCGUGUUUGCACAGGCAUGCAUGAUCAAGAGAGAUGGAAUUACUGCAGAUUUGCACCUAUAAUGAGAAAGCAGGAAGGAGUUUAGCGAACUGUUACACUUUGAAAUUUGAAUUUCAAAGCAAUCCCAUAUAAGUGGAUGUUCAUUGAAUAAGUAGGAAUAGUGUCCUUGGGCAGGUAAUUAAAAGCUGCUAUGUAAACUCAAAUCAAUUUAGAUUAUUGUAAAGAUUGGGUUAGGUCCAAAUGUAAGGUAUCCACAGGUGCAAGGGUUUCCUGUUUUGCUCUUCACUCAAUAGCCCAAAUGGCUCCGUAAAUCCUGUUUAUGGGGUUCUCUGAGAACAGGAUUUUGGGCUACCACAAGAAGGGAGGAAGAGGGAAUGUUACUCUCCAUGGGCAGAAAUUCUUGCAUCUGCGGAAAUGUGUAGUCUGGAUCCAAGCCAUAGAUUUGCAGUAUCAAUUGUAGGUUCAGUUGUCAAUUAUAUGAAUGAACCUCUGAUGUACUAGAGCACUUUCUUUAACUCAUGUAACACAAAUCAUUGCUUUCAUUUAGUCUUCAGUUAUUAUUUUCAGAUACACAGUCAUGACCUUUAUUUGCAAAACUGUUUGAUAUUAAUGAUCUCCAAUGUUUUCGGACCUACCUUCCUGUUUUGAAAUAGUGGGGGGAAAUCUGUAGCUGAAUUGUAAGCAUUACAUUCUGUUGGUUCUGGUGGGUUUUCCUGGCUGUGUGGCCGUGGUCUGGUGAAACGUUAGGAACAAGAUCCACCAGACCACGCCCACUCAGUCCGGAAAACUCACCACAACCAGUUGAAUCCGGCCAUGAAAGCCUUCGACAAUGCAUUACAUUGUGUGUUGAUUUUUGUCAAUACUUUCAAACCUUGAGCCAAAAGAAGCAUGUAGGCAUUGUUGGGAUACUCGUACAGAGGCUUGUACUCAGUGGUGGGAUUCAAAUCAUUUAACAACCGGUUCCAGUGAUGGGAUUCAAACAAUUUAACAACUGGUUCUGCCAAAGUGGUGUGAACCUGCUGAAUCCCACCACUACUUGUACUAUCCAAGGUUUCCCUUGAAAUUUUUGCUCUUGAAAUUUUGCUCGUUGUAGAAAUGGAUCACAUUAGAAAUCAUUUUCUUAAUUAUGUGUAUUUUACAUGAGAUUACUUUUUAGAUGGCAGCACCCCCUGAAAAAUUAUGAAGUAAUUUCAAAUGGACUGUAUUACCUGAGUCAAGCCAGUGAACAGGCCAUAGGCUGCACCUGGUUUUCAAGGCUUUUCUGCUGCUCAGUGAUGGCGUUGUGCUGGGGGAGCGGGGGUGUGGGGUGGGCUGCAAAGGACACAUUUUAAAGUUCUCAGUUUAUGAGGCCGCCUUUUGCUAAGGGGAUGAGAGAACAGUCAAAGAAGUGCUUCUGAAGGCAUUCUAGAGCUGCUUAUAAGAUUGUGAAAAGUUAAGUGCAUUUAAUGGGAGCAUUGACUUGCACUUGUGUUCAGGUACUUUUAAUUAAAAGUUAUAGUAGUUCUAAAAGAAUAUUGUUUUGCCUUGUAGAGCACCGGUAAGAGAUGGAGACUUCUCUUGCUAUUUAGAAUGUCAUUACAAAUCUAAUCUGGACAAAUGCUGGAGGCAUACGUUGAUAUUGGAACUAUGCACAGAAUGGCCCAUAUUAAGGAAAUAUGCUUCUAGGACUCAUAAAUCACACCGCUUAUUUAUCUGAAUUCUGUGAAAUUGUCCCUGGAAAAUCCAUCACCCCAGGCAAUCUUCAGUGAAUCUGUCCAGCAUUUUUUAGCUUUUGAAAUGAUGCCUUAAUGAGUGACUUAGAAUUUACUUCAGUGUAUGAAACGGUAGCUAGAAUUUCAAAUAGCAAUAGUGUUUCACACAACAUAGUUUAAGUAUUGCAAGUUGUGCAUAGCAAUGACAUGCAGUAGAGGCUAUCUUUAUGCUACAGGAAAGAUUUUCAUAUCACAAAAUGUAUAAAUUAUAUAUUUUUAUAUUAAAACUUGGUAUAGGAAACAGUGUUCAAAAUUUUCUGCAUGUCAGGAAAACAUUAUGUUGUCCGAAAGUCUUAUGUAAAAUGUGCUAGUGGGGCACAGGAUGUAUUCCUCAGGAACUCCUGUUGUGGGAUAAGCCAGCCAGACUUGUACUAAUUCCUCUGAAGAAGCUUUAAAUUCAACUUUCCCCUCUAGAGUCUGUUGGAUAAAAAUUAAUCCAACAGCAUAUUAAAAACUUUGGAUAAAUGGUUCAGCUAAAAUUAAGUUCUGCUAAAUGGUUCAGCUAAAAUGGUUCAGCUAAAAUUAAGACCUACAAAGAUGGCUAUUUUGCAGAAAAGUAGUUGAUUAUAAUAAAAUGUAAAUGCCUUUUUAAUUUUUAAACAUAGCUACCCAGUAAUAUUUGCAACAUUAUCAAAUGAUUGCACUGUAGCCUGAUAAAUACAGAAUGCAAGUUUUGUGCUUUUAGUCAGAUGUUGACAAUCAUAGUUACCCAACCUUAGUUGGAGACUUUGAACUUGUUACUUUGCCCCCAGGAUUAAGCUUCUCUUGAGAUGGGGAUCAGGCCUUGGAUGUGACCUGCUCCGGCUUUCUUCGUUCUGGGGAUAAACCAAUGUAUGCACUGGACGAUCCCACGUUUAUUUGAAUGUGGAUCAUACUAAUCUCUCCCACUUUUACCUGAUAUACUUAUAAAAACACAGUCAUGUCUGAAUAGGCCUGUUAUGUUUACAUUGACAGUGUCUUAACCAUAAAUCUAACCUAAGAUGUUACUUAAUAUGCAGCAGACCAAAUAUCUCAAGCAGUUAUUUUAGAUCUUGUCGCCUGCUUCCCCCUCCCAAGCAGUAGUGCUUCAGAGUGCUUCUGCACGUAGUAUUGCUUUAUUAAAGCAUGUACAUAUAGAAGAUUUAUAUGAAUGCACGUGAAACUGAUCCUGUCACUUCAUUGUAGGCCAGAGGGAACUUCAGCUAAAAACAGCUGUGUAAAGUUAUUGCCAGUUUCUAAUGCCUUGAGUUUUACUGCAACUUUUUUACCUUGUUCCUUGUACACAAGUAAUGUAUAGGAUAAUGUAAAGUCUUUGUAGGUAAAGAUGAAAUGGUAAAUUAUAGAAGUGAUAAUGUACAGUUUAAAGCUCUUACUGAAAUUGUGUGUUUGAAUUUGCAGUAUUUAAAAACUAACAAAUGUGAAUUACUUAAUGUGAGAGCAUUACUACAUUUUAAAAAUGUGCAUAGUAAAUGUUUAACUUUUAAAUUUGUAUAUAAAGUGCUAACAAGCACAAUUAGAAAACUUUACUUAUCCGUAGUUCAGUAGCAUCAUGCAUUCUGAAAUGUUAGCGUUGUUUAAAGGAGCUUAGGCAUUCAUCUUUAAGUCUUUAUAGACAACGUUUUGUACAGAACUGUGGCUUCACGUCAAUAUUUAGUCAUGUUAUUAAAAGUUAAAUUUUAUAUUUGACCUAAUGUUCACUGUAGAUGAAUAAUUUGCUAGCAAUUGUUCAGAAACUGAUUUUUGACUUCUCCUGGGUGCCUACUUUUAUAAUUGUUCCAUUAAAAUUAUAGAUUUGUAUAACAAAAUUUUGUAACUUUAAAUUCACAUUAUUGUACAAAGGAUAUUUUGAUUGCCUUUAGCAAAUUUGAAUCCGAAGUUGCAUUUUUCUGCUUGUUCUAGCUAUUGGAUAAAAACAGUUAACCCAUA